CAAGGCACGAUGACUCAACAUAACAGGAGACUCAUUUUUGACAGCGCGCAACCCCAAACAUAGAACAGAGUCGUGCUGUCAACAUCACUUGCCCAUCAAAUAGCCUCGAAUUUCUUGUCGCCACUUUGGUUCAGUGAAGAGAAAUGCCGGCCACAAUCUACUUUGUCCGCCAUGCCCAAGGCUACCACAACCUCCCCAAGGUGCCAGGAGGGCCAAACCCAUCUCUGCUGGCCGACCCGGACCUUACAGAACUGGGCAAGGAGCAGUGCGCGGAGCUGAGCAAGAACUUCCCCUUCCACGACAAGAUCACCCACCUGGUAGCGUCACCGCUGAGGCGCACGCUGUACACGUGCCUGCUCUCCUUUGGCCCCGUUCUGGAGCAGGGAAGGGUGCAAAAGGUGACCGCACUGCCGGAGCUGCAAGAGAUCGCGGCGCUGCCCAGCGACACGGGCAGCGACCCGGCGGUGCUGGCCAAGGAGUUUGGCGGUGAAAAGGUCGACCUCGGCCUCGUCAAGGAUGACUGGACCGACAAGGGCCCGGGUUCGCCGUUUGCGCCUGAGCUGGAAAAGCUUGAUGCUCGGGCCAGGGCGGCCAGGAUCUGGCUGCGGAAGCUCGCCUCAGAGGUGGAGGGCGACGAGGCGCACAUUGUCGUCGUCACUCACGGAGCCAUUCUACAUUUCUUGACUGAGGAUUGGGAUGGAACCUCGAUAUACAACAGCACCGGAUGGCAGAAUACUGAAUGGCGCUCGUACGAGUUCUCCGAUUCUUCCGGACAAGACUCGCAAGCAAGCCUUAAAGAAACAAAGCAAAGUUGGGAGAGGAGACGCGGCACCGCGAUUCCCCUGACAGAGACGGAGCAGCGGGAACUCAAGGCUGUCUUGUGGCGUGGAGUGAAGGCGGAGUAGGUAGUGGGAUGACGCGGAGGAUUCCGAAUAAGCAAGGUCCUUGGCGGACAACGGGAAUGCGGCUGGACUAACCGAUCAAGGUUCGAAAUUCGACGAUUGGGUCAGGUUCACCUGCAAAGAGACACAGCACAAAACUGACAAUACAUAACAUGAAUAGAGAUAGAUCAACAGUAAAUCAUAGACUAUAAAUACCG